CACACUCACAUACAUAUAUAUUGAGUACAUUGAAGUAUUGUGUAAGCAAUUUUGUUGUAAGCAAAUGAACCGCUUAUGAUUCGAUGAAUACUCGUGCCGAAUAUGAGUAGGAACCAGUCGCGAAGGAAAUGGCUAGAAGGGAAUGAACUGAACAUGAACAAAUAAUAAAUAAGUAAUUUUUUAUUAGCUCGAAAGCUAAAAAUCUCUCGUGCAUACUCGCGAACGUGUAUUUUAAGAACUCAGUGUUUUGUUGUACUUUGCAGUGUAAGUUUGUGUAUAUUCAUGCAGUUAUUUAUUUUAUUAUUUCUCCAAAUUAAAAAAAUUAAGAACAGUUCUAACGAUGAAAACAGAUACCGAUAAAUAUUAUAAAAUUUUAAAGCAUGUCAAUAAAAUUAUUUGCUUACAUUGUCAAAAAACGUUAAACGGUAUUAAUACAUCUAAUAUCAAAAGACAUUAUAAAGACGUACAUAGCAUUGAAAUUCCGAGAAAAUAUGAAAUAAAAAUUAAUGGCACGGAAAAACGUGUAGAACCUCUAGCCAAAGAGCAUAAUCAGGAAGGUAUAUAUAUUGAUAUCGACAAAAAUAAAUUCUUAAGAUGUUGUGUGGGAUUAGUAGCUGCCAAAAAUCUACCUUUUGGUAUAUAUGAUGAUGAAGAAUUUUUUAAAAUCUUGAUAGCACCAUAUGAAAAGAAAUUCAACACGAAUCUAAACUCAAAGAAUAUCGUUUCAUUGAUUGAAUACUCCUCUCUAAAAAUUCAACAAAUAAUAACAGAACGUAUUAAAAAUAAAAUGAUAUGUUUAGAAUUCGACAUUGCAACCGCAAUAAAUCGGGAUGGUAUAAUAGUAAUUAAUGUACACUAUAUCGAGAACUUUAAAAUAUGCAUUAAUACAAUAGGUGUUAUUGUGUUGGAACUUACACAACGUCAACAGACAGCAUAUCUGAAAGAAGAGAUUAGUAAAUGUCUUGAAAUUUAUCAAAUAAGCGUUGACCAAAUUUAUUCCAGCACAUCCAAUAAUUGUGGAAAUAUACUGCAAAUAAACAAAUUACCACAACCUCACAAUUUAAAAGAUAAACAAAUUUAUAAUGAAUUUAUGGAAGAAAAAUGUAGUCAUAUUGAAAAGACUGACGAGAGUAUUCACUCCAUACUCUCAAUGGCAUUAUCUGUGGGUAAGAGUAUAGCUCAUACAAUACAGCUUGCAGCAUAUGAUGUAUUAAAACUUCUGGAAGCUGAUAUAAACGAGUGUAGAGAUAUUGUGAAGCAACUUCAAGAAAAUUUUCCAGUAAAUGAUACUCAAGUACAAUUUCCAAAACUGGAUGAUUCUCGACGUUGGUACUCAACAUAUGAAAUGUUGUUUUCUUUAUUACAAUCGAGACAAGUAAUAGAAAAUUGGUAUAUUAAAAAAAAUGUCGUUGUUGAUAUCAACUGGAACUUUAUCACAAGCUUCGUAGUUGCUUUUAAUCCAUUUGUUACUUGUACAAAGAAAAUGCAAACAGAGCAAUAUGUAAUAGGCGAUUUCUACAGAGAUUGGUUAUGUUGUGAGAUAGAUUUGGAAGAUUUAUACACAAUUACACCAUAUGCCUCACUAUUACAUGAAUCUAUGCAAAAAAGUAAAAAGGUAUUUCUAGAUGAUGACGCUUUUCUUGCAGCACUAUAUCUUGAUCCUCGUUUUAAUUUCGAAAAUUCAAUCGUACUAUCUGAGGAACAAAAAUAUACAGCUAUUGCAAAUUUGUUAAAAACAUUUGAAAUUUUAAAAAAUUUAGAAGACUCACAACCAGAUUGUCUAAAGAUGGAAGUAGAUACUCCAAAUAUGUCAUCAUCUUCGUUUGUGUUACCUUCAACUUCUUCCGAAUCAACUUAUUCAAAACUGGAACAACGCAUGAUGCAGUCAAUGACAUCUAUAAGCAACGCUAAUAGACACCUUACCUGCAAACAGAAGAUAACAUUACUCUCAAAUCAAAAGAAGGUUCCCCUCGAUACUGACAUAUUGAAUUUUUGGAAAACUACGGGCUAUGAUAAUGAUAUUAAAAAAAUAGCAUCAGUAGUACUGUCAGUUCCAAUAACGCAAACGCCUAUGGAGAAAGCUUUUAAUGCCUUGUUUACAAUUUUAAACAAUUUCGAGUCAAAACUUGAUAAUAACACAUUAAAUACUUUGCUUUUAACUAAAUUAAAUUUUAUAGAGCUUUACGUGAAUAAUGUACAUUUAGAUUUUGUAAAAGAGAAAAUAGUCGUUGAAGAAGUGAAUAAAUAA